ACCUCCAGUGAGUAGUAUGUGUCGUGUGGCUGUGUCGUAAAAGCACGCCGAUCGACCUCGGCGUUCGUUCCUCGAUCGCGCGCCUACUUCCGCUGACAGGAAAUGCGUGCAAACACAUCGAUUAGGAUCUGGACCAAAGCUUCAUUGUGGCUCAAACAUUCCACGGCUUACAGUGGCUUCCCUGCGCACGGAUAGAAGCACGAAAACGUCAGUCACGAAACUUCUCAACCCUGUAGUGCCCUGUUUAGAGCGACCGGAUUUCUGGAGCAGGGACGGUGCUUGCAGCGCGGAUUCUAUUUAUACUUUGCAUCACUGUCCGAGCGCGCCACCAGCUCCUCGGACCCGAUUAGCAGGGUGACAGAUGUUGCAGAAAACAGCUAUUUAUAACCUAACCGAGGACAGUACAGCGAGGGCCAGGCGCGAAGAAAAUUUCUCUUCACAACUAGGGCGCCGCUCCAGAGAUCUGAAUGUAAGCUUUUCUUUCUGCAUUUACGAAAGCGCGUAUUGGCUUGAAUAUCGCGCCUGGCAUGCUGCGGCAAGAAUUUGGGAGACCGCCAGAAUUCGUAGGGCCAAGCGAAUGACGGUUACUGUGACCGCGAGGCAGAGCGCGGCCGUGCGCGAACGCGGGUGCCUUGCGUCUUUAGCGCGAGCGAGAGCGCGCAGCUGCGUGGGGAGCGGCUCUUUCAAGUGUGUCGGCGGCACACCUCGGAGCUCAGCAGGUGUUCCGGUCGGUCGUAUCGGUCGCGCUGAACAGGCGCUCUGCCCAUAUCACUUUUCCUCGGAUCGUGCGUUGCGCCGCCUAAACUACUAGCACCGGUGCCCGUUGGAAAAGCUGCGAGCUCAGCGCUCCAAGAUGUGCGGCUGAGGGGCAGUGGUAGAAGCCCCUGCAACGUACUGGUGCCUAGUUAGGGAGAACACAUCAUUUGGUGCCCUGGAGCUGAGCGCUGGCGUCAGGCGGCGAGCGCCUGCGGAUGCAGCCUUAUGCGGGCGAAGAGCUUCCUUCUUUUGCUGGCCUGCAUUGUGGUGACCAGCACCCUCAUUUGCCUCUAUGGGGACCCAAAACCCGCCCUGGACGGGCUCGUCUCAGAGACCCACCGGCAGCUCAGCAACCUCAAAAACCUCAAGGUUGUUCCUGAGCAGCGUGAUCCUCAGGAGCUCGAGCGGUACCUGUUGCACCUGGGGCUGUCUCCAGCCACACCUUCAGAGGGGGGCCCCUCCUCAGCUGCCCUCAUGGCGAACGAGAGUGGUCCACUACCACCUGUUGUAGGCACCGCCAUGGGUGUCGACCAGCUGGGACGGCUGCCAGGCUUCCUCGAGGCCUGCCAGGCACACUUCCCUGACCACUCUGUGGUCGUCUAUGCUCUGGACUUUGGCACUGCUGAGCUGCUCACAGCACAAAACAUGUGUAACUCUAGUAACUGCACCUUGCGCACACUCAACUUUGACUUCUACCCACCUCAUGUGAGCAACCUCAAAAUUUAUGCCUACCGGCCAAUCAUAAUUCAGGAGCUGGUUCGCGAGUCUGGUGGCGUGCUGUGGGUGGAGCCGGACUACCAGCUGACGAGCGCACCUGACCCACGCCGGGUGGUGGGCCGGGCACUGCGCGAGGGGCUGGCUGCGCCCUGGGCCUCCCAGCCACAACCAACCUCGGCCCUCACCCACCUGGGCAUGUUUGAGUUCCUUAGAGCGCCCCGCGAGCACUUCUUCUUCCAGCGCAUGGUUGAUCCCUCUGUGCUUCUUCUGUUCGACUCACCACAGGUGCGGGGUCGGCUGAUGCUGCCGUGGGUGCGGUGCGCCCUGGUGGCAGACUGCAUCACUCCUGUGGGGGCCCAGAGUACGGGCUGUCGCUUUGACAAGAAACCUCUCUACCGGUACUCCGGAUGCCAUAGGUACGAUGUAUCGGCUUUAAACAUUAUCCUGGGCCUGCUCUACGAGAACAACCGGCAGCCGUACGUCUUUCAAGACGAGGACCACUUCUUCCGGAGGAUCGUGGACGGCAGCGACAUGCCACUGUCCGGUCAGCCCGAGGCCAACAGCACAGCCAACCGCUCGACCACCCGAUGAUGGUGGCACACUCGUCCUCCAGGCGCUGGACAAUUUUGCGCACACCUUGCUGCUGCUGCUGCUGCCUCUGCUGCCACGACGAAUUCCGGCACAGAUGGCAGUCCUCCGCAGCUUGUGCGUGCAACUGCUGUUGCCCGCUUUUUAGCCAGCACCGAGUUUGUCUUCUCGAGUUGUUUCUUCCAUAUUGCUGAGGCACUGGAAAACGCUUGCAGGUUAGAGCAUUCGAAUCUUAAAUUCUAGGGAUGCAUGCACGUGGCAAUCGAUGUGGGUUCAGGCUAGCGUUGAGAUAAGAUAGUAUACAGAGUAAAGAAGUUGCACCAUCGUUGGCCCCCCCCCACAUUGAUUGUCAUGGGUCAAGAGGUGAUCUAACGGUGCUUCACCAGUGAAAUUUUAUUGUUGAUUCUCUUAUGGCUUCCAUUGUCAGACUGAGUAGGAGCUUGCUCGAUCGCAUUGAGGCAAACUUGCAGCAGUUGUCUUGCAUCCACUUCUCCGUUUGCUGGCUGUCAUACUUUGUUUUGACAGGUGAUGUAUGGCUGUGUGCCUAAGAUGCACACUCAUUGAAUGGUGAGUGUGCUCGCCAUCAGCCCCGAGGUAAUGCGCACGGGCCAGGUGCCUGCACUGGCCAAAUUAGGAAUUGGGACAUUUUGAAAAUGUCACGUCAGUCUCCCCAACUCCCCAAUUGAUAUAAGCCUUCGUUUAUAUCAAUUCCAUGCCCUUUGGGAGAAGUACGUGGUUUAGCUGUUUGAGAAAACGUAAUUCAAAUUGGGGUCAAAAUCUAUAAUCCAGGUGCUGCUUUUGCAUCGAUUUUUUUUGUUCAGCAAGGAAAUUUCGCGAGCUGCCAUGUUCUUGCAGCUGGAUGCUCCAUGAGCAGAUCUGGUGAUGGACACAUUUUCCGCUGCCCAAAUCUUUUAUUUUUGUUGCAUGUAGUGGAGUCGUCUUGCUUUAUUUCACAGCUCAAGAACAAUAUGCCUAGCACGGACAAUAUGCUGCUUAGCGUUGUAAGCCCGUCUCGAGACAGAUGGAGCGUGCUGUGGUUUGUUUUCGUUUCUGUUGAAGUUUGAACAUGCCGUUGUUAUUGUUCUAAAAAAAAGUCUUCUUGGCUUUCUAUCUGUGUGCCAACGCUAAAGUCGCAUGUGGUGACUGCCACCAUUACAUUUAGCACCACCAGAUUGCAUGAGAGCUCAAUGCAUGCUUGUAUUACCAGUGCUAAUUGGUGCACGAUGGUAAUGCUUUAACCGGGAAAUGAAGGCUAUCAGAAGCUCUGAGAACCGGGCGUGACUUAGCAGUUACAAAGAACAAAACGCUACUGAGCACUUCCAUUUAAACUACCAUUUCAUAUGUUUGCAGCUAACUAGGUUCUUGCCAAUUACAUCCAGAUUGGUUGUACCUGGACGAGUCUUUCAUAAAAGCGGCUUCAUUCAUUGUUUUGGUGAACCUGACAUCAUCAGCAUUGAGGCAGCCAACAAUGAUAGUUAGCCUGAUUUGUAGCAAGUGUGAAGGGUAAUCAGCGGUAUGGUGUUUUGGAAUGUGCAGCUUGAAUUGGUCGUCGUUAAGCACCAUUCUGCUGUUGCAGAUACAGUGCGCAUGUCAUCACUUUGCGAGGAGCAAAUUGCCAACUCUAGCCAGCCUGCAGGGUCAUCCUGUUGACAUAUGUUGUCUCUUUUUUGGGCGGCAACCCAGCAAUUUGAUGAUCAACACGGAAAAAAACAGUUGGAGCAUGGUAAAACAGAGCUUUGUUUGAUAAUCUAGUAGGGUAAAGAAACACCCUGGCUACUGGCAUUGCAGAAGCAGCGGGACUUUUUAUGUCUACAUUAGUCAGCUGUAUCGUCACUAGUUUACCCACAUGUAUAGGUUGUUUGCACAUACAUAUCCUGUGUUUUUGAGCCAUACAUUAGUUUUAGCAACCUGCUGGAAUUCAGUGCCAGGCUAGUCAGUGCAACCUUGACUGCACAAAAUACCCAUCUUGCCUCCCCUUUCAGUGUUCCCUGCUGUCCCUUAUUUUCUUUCACGUCAUAUUCCCUUAGAUGUGUUCUUUUUGUUAUUCCGUGUGGUUGUUUUUUCCCACUGUACAAGACUCGGAUCCGCCUUCUGGAACGAUUGCUCAAUAAGGUACCGUUUUCAGUUUGCACUGCGUGGCUAAAUUGACCGAUAAAGAAAAGGAAAUCGUUGGGCAAUAGUGGUUCCUGCCCACAUUAUUCUCACGUUUGCUCCACCUCCAUCGCUUUCCACAUGAUGGCCACAACAAGCGUGGCAAUGUCGGGGUGUGCACCCGGUAAACACGCAGGCAUUCCUUUUGAGAGUUGCACCACUUGAAAGCGAAAAUAUAGCCAAGCGGUGAUCGUUCCAGAAUACAACCCCUUUACCAGCACUUGCUGCUGUUAAGCUUUGGUGCACACACAUUUCAUGCCGUCUGUUGAACAAACGGAUUACAUUUAGUUUCGUUUACGCAGAUAGAGUAUGUAGGCUACAUUGUGUUCAUUCAAGGUCCCCCCCCACCCCCCAAGCUUUUUUCGUUGUUAUUUAGGGGCUGUGUGCAUGUUAUAGCAAUACCUUAGCGAUAUAUUUGUGCUGCUUCCAAAGCGAGUUUGGUCAGUGGUUAUGAAGUGUAUUACAAUGUCUUUCCUUUCUUUCUUUAUUUCUUCUUUUUUUUUUCUUUUGGUUCUGCAGAAGCAUGCAGUAUUCCCACAUUGCAUUCCAAUUCAUUUGUUUGAAUUGGUCCUGGCUUGCAAGUGAAAGCAGCAACUGCUUGCCUUCUGAGGAGCUGACCUUCUGAGCCAGUAUUGAUUAUAUGUCAGGUUCUUCCAUGCGAGAACUCUUGUGCGAGCACUUGGGACACUCAACAGACGUUUACUGCUUGAAUGUCUGCUAUUAUUUGAGGCAUGGGGGUUUUCAGUUUACCUUCAGGACUGUCGCUUCUACUGUGCUCCACUUUACUAAAUCAGCAGAUAUGGCUGCAUCAAAGGAAGUUAGUGAGUCGGCAUACUCAUUAAUUUGCAUUAUUUUCAUAUCCCCAUGUGGUUGUUGUUGCUGUUAAAGGGAAACUAGGGAACUACCCUGUUAAGCUGUAUUAGUGAGUUAUGCUCCUACAAUGGAGAAACGGACACUCUUAUUGUGAACAGAGGCUUGGUAAGCCAGAAAAGAUGGAACAACAAAAAGAACCAGUGGCACUGCCACCUUGAAGUUCUCGCACCUAUUGAUUUUGAUGGCAUCUACACGGGCCUAGUUAAAAGUAUUUUGUUAAAGAAGGACCACAUUGCACUUCAAAUGAGCCAAAGCCUCUACUCAGCAAUUUUCAAAAACAUUUCCGGCACCUAAACGGUGCAACCACGAGAAAAUACUUUGAAAUCUGAUAUGUCAUACUAACUUACCAUGGCUGAAAUUACAGCGCAAACUUCUGAAAGGGGCUGCUGGACUUUAAUUUGCUCCCAUAAUUAUGAGAAAAGACAGUAGUUUACCAGACCAUACUAAUUUAGUGUUGCUCAUUAGUGCACUUUGAGGGGGCACUUCGGAUAUAUUUUCUUGCGUCCAUGAAGUUAUUGCUCUAGACCUUGCUGUGCCUCCUGUCAUGCGUAAGAUAGUUGUUGGUAUUCAGAUCCAGAACUAAUUUCAAAUAAGCAAAAGAAAGAGAGAAAAACACCAAAUUGUCACUGAGCCGUGUUGCUGAGACAGCUGCUAACAAAGGAUGUUAGUGGCGACAUUAAAGCAGAUGUACGCUGAGGCUCUUCCAAGCAAAGGCUCUUCCUCUAAAAAAUGCUUUGCUUUAAUACUAUAUAAACUUUGUUUAACCCCGAUGGUGCAUUGAAAAUUGGCUCAGAUUACCUAGUGCUCAGAUGUAGACGCCUACAAAAAAUGACAGGUGCCUUUAGAGAGCUUUAAAACAGUGUUGCAGGCGAGCCAAGUUACCUGGUUUCAGAAUAAUGAAACAUGACUAAUUUCACAAUAUGACCCAAUCUUAGGUCUUGCUGGUCAGCUGAACAGGUUGAUGUUGAUUUUGUCUGACUGUCAGAGUUUGCAAGCAGUUUCCGCUUGAGGAACACAUGAGUUGCCUGUUCUGGAGGUUUGCCCCUGGAAGACAGGAGGAUGAAUCUUGCUAACCAUUGAAACAUCCAUCCUGGGUGGGGGCAUACAUUCCACUUUAGUCAGCAAUGCAAGCUGUGUCUGUGAUCUUGGUUACAUAAUUUUUAUCUUCCACAUUUUUUCCACGAGUCCCGUCUACUGGAUUCUUUUUGUUUGUUUUAAUGGUAGUUCAAAGCAAUAUAUAACGUUUUGCACACACACAGUUAAUUACAGGCCAUAAUAUAGAGAGCUGAGCGUGGAAGUUGCACCCAUAGCCUGUGCGAGCGAUUUCAGCUGUCCUGUGCUUGCUAUGUUCACUUAGUGGAUUAAGCAAGGGCAAAUCUCUUUUUAUGAAACAAUGUUGAAAGCCCUGAAGUAAACGACUUAAUUUUUAUCGGGACCUAAUUUUCACAAAUGGUCUGCAAUUUGCAGAAAGAGUGCCGCGAAUAAUUCACACUUGCAUCACUAUGCACAUUCAGUCCUUGCCUUUAUUGCAAAAUUUAGACACAUGCAAGUGUCUCUGAAGCACAAGAUUAGGAUGAGAACGUUGAUUUCACAAAUAAAAAGUUGUUCAGUAAGUAAAGAAAAGGCAAUUGCCAGUGAACUGUCCAAGCUGUAUUGUAUUGUUUCUCAAAUGUAACGACAAAUAUUUUUUACAGAAAGACCGUUUCGAUUGCCUGAAAUGAAACAACACUUGAGCUUGUAACACUACAUUACACCGCAUUUGAAGUCGCUCAUGCUUGCAAGGUGUACGGGUAGAGCGCGCAACUGAGGCAAAAAAAAAAAAAAGACAAGUUGCACCGCUCUGCUUUUGUUGAUGAGCUCGCUUUGCCAGCACACUACUAAACAAUGGUUUCUAGUGCACCAAGGGCUAUGCAUGCGAGUUUUCCAUACUGUGAUGCUUGACUGGCAUGCACAUUUGCCGCAACAAAGUGUCUUGAACAGUUGUCCUCACUGACGUGCAGCGAGGUGCUGGCUCGGCUUGAAUAAGUGGCUGUGUUGCUCUGCAGUUCUUUGACUGCGCCGGAUGCAGUAUGCACAAGACAAUGACGAGCUAGGCUUUUAUACUCACACAAACGUCUUUUUGGAUAGGAUGUGCGCAGCAGAGUUCUUUCUUUAAUAAAGAUUUUUUUAACUCAACAACAA